UUGUUUUGCUAUUUCUGUUGUUUUAGAACUAUAUCGUUGAAUGAAGCUCUAUGCGGGUAUGAAAUCCCACUCAAACAUCUUGACGGCCGUACUUUAAUUCUUAAGAAUAAGCCCGGAGACAUUAUCACUCCAGAUUGUAUUCGUGGCAUUGUUGGUGAAGGCAUGCCGCAGAGACGUCACCAUGAUCUUCGUGGCAACCUUUAUGUUAAAUUCGACGUAGAAUUUCCAAAUGAUCACUUUUUAGACGAUGAUGUUAAGUACAAGCUGAUCGAAACUGCAUUCCCACCGGUGAGAAAGGUUGCAUAUCCGUCGAACUGUGAAGAGGUUUCUUUGAUGGAGUACGAUGAGAAGCGGUAUCGCGGAGGGAGAGGAGGACAGGCAUACGAAGAGGACGGAUCAGAUGAAGAGAUGGGUGGUCAUCACGGG